UAUUUUUACUCAAACACAAGCUUUAUUGCCCUAGCUUCGUAGAGUUUCAUUGGUACUUUUCUCACUCAUUGUUGGAGUUAUAGAUCUUGUUCUUUGGUUUAGCUGCCGCUUGACAGAUCGCAGCGUUUGAGAAAGAAUGGAUGACUCUACUUUGUCGCGUUCCAAAAUCACAUUCACAGGAUCAUCUCAAAGUCUUUCGACUGCACAAAGUACAAGUAACAGUAGCUUUUUGUCUGGUGAGUAUGAAAAUACCACAGCAGAAUACGCAGCCGACUCUCUACUUGCCUCCUUAAUGACAACAGAUGAAGAAUCAGGACCAAAAGUCACAAAAGCAAUGAUAAAUAGCAAGCAGUUAAAACAUGACUUACAGCUUGCAAAUAUAGAGUUAAGUCAGAAAAAUUUGAUGAUCGACAGCAUGAAAUCGGAAUACCUCAGCAAGAUUGACGACUUAGAAGAAAAAUUGGCAGACAGUCUGUACCAAAAACAGCUUCUGAUUGCCCAAUUCAAGAAUCAAAUCCGAAACUCAACAGAUGAAAUAAAAAAUGAAAACCAGCAACUAAAAAGAGAAAUCAAACUGCUUCAAAAACAGCAGCAUGAAAUCAACAAAGACAACAAAAAGCUAAUGGAAAGAGCAAUAGACUCAAAAGAUGUUUUGAUAAAUUUAGAAUUGAAUGAAGAGGAAUAUUUGUUUAUCAAAGGAAAAAGUGUUGAAGACCAAACUCUCAGAGAAUUCAUUGCUAUAAAGUUUUAUGAGUCAUUGAAGCCUCUGAAGAUUCAAUGUGAAGCACUACAAAACAGGAUUGAGUUGUAUGCAAUAGGACUUAGUGACAAAGAAGAGGAAGUUUCAAAAGUGUUUAAGGAGUUAGAUGAGGAAAGGCAAGCUAGAACAGAAAUGGAUGUUCGAUGUCAAAAGUUGCAGGUUCAUGUUGAAGACCUUAGAUAUCAGCUGAAACAAAGAGAUUACAAAAAUGAGAAUUUUGACUCUCUUAGAUUGGAGAAAGACAAAUUAGAAAGAGAUCUUUUAGAGUUUAAAAAGAAGUUUACGUUGAAAAGCACAGAGCUAGAAGCAAAAUCGUCAGAAAGUGAACAAGUUCGAAGCGAGUUCAAUGACCUUCGGCAAUCAGUCAGCUUGCUCAAACAAGACAAAGAAUAUUUAUCAAAACAACUUAUGGACUUGAAGCCAAGACACGAUGUCUUAGAACAAAAACUCGCAGAAACUCUAAAAUCGCUUGAAGAUUUAAGACAGUCAAGAGAAGAGCUAUAUGAAAAAUAUAUUCAUUCAAGAGAUCAUUACAAAUCAGAGUACGAAAGCCGAUUAAGACAAGAAGUAGACGAUCUGUCGAGAAAGACCUCUCUGGAAAUUGAAAAAAUCAAGAUGAAUUCUCAGGAGAUAUUUGAACGUGAAAAUAGAGUUUUAAGAGAAUCGAAAGCCGAUGCUUUAGCAGAGAAGCAGCGGUUUGAAGUGAUUGCAAAAGAAGCUGAAGAAAAGUACAAAGAGCUAAUGGCCGAGUUUAAAAGUUUGCAAGUUUCUUCCGAUAGCAAAGUGUCUGAAGGAUUCAACGAAUUAAGAUUGAAAUCUUACGAGCUUGAACGUUUGCAGCUAGUUCACGAAGAAACAGCGCGAAACCUGUCUAGUGCCAACCACGAGAACGAGAAGCUUCGCAAGCAAAAGGAGGCUGUUGAUAAAGAAUACAACAAUCUUCAGCUCACGGCAGGAAGGAAGAUUUCCGAAUUUGAGAGCAAAUGCACCGAACUAUCUAAAAAGCUUUCUAUAUACGAAAAAAUGGAAGAUGAGCUUGAUGACGUCAUAAUGCAAGCUGCAGAAGUGCCUGAUGGACAAGAAGCUGAAAGAGUUCUUUUUUCUUAUGGUUAUGGCGCCAAUAUACUAAGCACUGCUAAGCGUAGAAUGCAGCAAAGCGUACACCUUGCCAAGCGGGUCCUUCAACUCGAGAGGGCAAAUUCUUCGCUUAGACAUGAAAUAGAAAAUGAAACAAAAAAGAGGGAACAAAUCUCCCAUGAGCUUUCUAGGACCACAGUAUUAUUAUCUGAGGCAAAGCAGCCGUACAAUUGUCUUAUUGACAGUAUUAAGAUACGGGACGAUGAUAACAAGCAAAUGAAAGGAACCAUAGACACUUUAAACGAUGACAUCAGGCGGUUACGGAUUGAAAAUUCCACUUUGAAGAAGACCAAUGAUCAAAUGACUCUGGAUCUUGAAAGGCUUUUGAAUCAGAGAGAGGAGAUGAAUUUAUUGAAGCAAGCAUUGAUUGGCAUCCAGUGCUCGGAAUCAGAGAGAGGCAAACAGUACAGCAAGCCUGUGACUAAACGUAAAACUGUUCUUCUCGAAAAGCCGCACGAAGAAGACGCCGCUGUCCCAACACCACGCCCCGCAAAUUUGGCAAGAGAGACACCGUCUUGGUACAACAGGCUAAAAGCACUAAACGGGAAAGAAGCAAGCAUAAGAUGAAUGUAUUUGCUGGAUGCUCAUGCGACAAUGUUUUUUUCAAUACACUGCAGUAUUGUAGAACUGAACUAUAGAUUGUCAAUGGCUCUUUACAAUUUUCAGUGGAGCCCAUAAGUAGAUUGAAGCUUCUUUUGUAAAUCGUAUAUCGUUUUUAUGGAAGAUAUUUAAGUAUAUAGAAGAACGUUGAGAUGAUCUUUUUCGUUUGUUACGUUUUUCUUUUUGUGUUUUCUUAUUCCGAAUCAAUGCAGAUUGUUGAUGAUGUCUUCCGUAUAACGAGAACUCGAAAUUCUUAAAUACUUUGGCACUUUAAUUUCUGUAAUCCCCAAUCUCAAUGUGUGUCUCGAUGGUUGCAAAGGGUUGCAUCUUUUCUUGCUUUUCUUACACUUAUAAUAUUGUUAAAUUUAGAUAGUUUCUUGAACAAAAGAUGUUUUUGAGCAUCUUCCUGAAAUCUCUUCUGAUCAAAAUAUACAUCCAUGGGUUCAACAAACUGUUCGACGCGGCAAGGCAAAGAGCGAGUCGCCGAAACCAUGGUACGGCAAAUGUCCUGCCGAUAAGAUAUGCAAGACGAUAUGCGCAAAGUGGGACCCAACACAAGACGAAAAUAAUAACGACAGCAAUACAGGUCCUUAGUAUUCUGUCUUCGUUUCUUCGUGAUGCUAGGGCUUGUAUCUGCACAUCCUUAUCAGUCGUGUUUCUAAAUCCAUUUGCCUUGCUUGGGGCAAUUUCGUACUUGGAAACACUCAUACUUUGAAACUCAAGAGUGUUCACUUGCCUGUUUUUAACAGCAGCCGGCUGCCCCAUUGGUACUUGCAAACGAGUAUCUUUGAAGUCACAAUUACCGCCUUGCGGCCAAGUGACAAGAUUUGGUUGGCUUCCCGUUAAUUCUUGGCUGCUUUUAGAACUAUUUUGCUUGCCUCUGUUCCUUAUAUUUGUCCCCAUUUCACUUAAUACUCUGUUCUGCUUUUUGAAGCUUGAUAUAAGGUAGGCGUUUGAAGCUG